UGUGCUUGCCUUCUAUUUAUUCAGGGUGACACUUAGAUUUCAACAUAGGAUCAAUUCUGUUGGCUUUCAUUCUCCUGUGCAGAAGACUUGUGCAAACAUUCGGGGAUAUGUGCUUACAUUCUGACUAGAUGCUUCAACUUUAGUCUUUUUUUUUUUAAACUAUAUACUGUGUUUCAUCUUCUCUAUAUCUGUGGUGAAAUCUGAACUUUUGAAGUCAAUAAGCUUUUAGAGUUCAUCAAAAGGAUCACUUGUUCAGAAGAACCAAAAAGUGAUUGAAAUUCGUGUUCGUGUAUUGAAACAGUGAAGCAAGGUUUGGAUGUCCUGUACAUCUAGCUAGUGAUUCCAAGAUUUAAGAUUUGUUGUGAUCUUUUGAUACUAUUGAUCAAAAUUCUACUCUCGUGUUAUUUCUGGAUGUGGAUUACGCAAUAAGAUUAUAAUGGAAAUGACAAAAAAAUGUAGCCCCUCCCAGCGGUUAUUACUGCGACUACUAAGGAGUAUGUUACGAUCCAUGGUCACUGUGGCAAAGGUCACUCUAGUCUGUCUUAACCUCUGGGUCUUGGCUGUGGUGCUGGUAGUCUCUUUAGGUCACUGGCGUGUAUUUGACUCCAACUCUCCAGAUGUCAGGUACGACAACUCUCACCUGAUCGUAUCUCGGGGCCUAAAGGACACAGACAGGAGAUUACCUUUGACCAACAGUAACUUAUCAUCAGUAAUAAUGCCGAUUGCUCCAGGACCUGCUGAAAAAGCCUCUGGUGUUCAGUCGGCAGCUCUGAAAGAUCAACACGCACCAUCAGCUCCGGAACACCUUGAAAAAGAGGCCCGAGCUUUAGAUCCGGCAGAUACCCGGGUGACUAACCUCCGUCAGUGGUGCAAGCAGCAGCACCCGCAUAAGACGCCCUUUGACCAGGUUUCCAAAUCCAAGCUGACAUCGAUACUGGUGGACGAGAGGCACAAGCUUCUCUUUUGCCAGCUUCCGGGUGUAGCGCUAAACGACUGGAGGAAAAUCUUGCUCAUUCUCAGCGGCGUGGUCAACACGACCUCCACGGGUUCCAUCUCUGGUGGCGACGUGUACGGGAAAUACGCCACCAAAGCCAAAAGACUCUCUGAGUAUGACGACAAAAAGCGAGCAGAGAUGCUGACCUCCUACUAUAAAGUAGUCUUCGUGAGGGAACCCUUGGAGCGGCUCUACAACGCGUUUAGAGUCAAGCUCAACGCCAAGUCUUCCAAAUACUUUCACAAGGCCUUCGGGUCUCAGAUCAUCAGAAAAUACCGCAAAAACCCCAAAGAGAAAGACAUCAAGGACGGCAGCAGCGUCACCUUUGCGGAGUUCACCAAGUACAUCCUGGACAAUGAGAGGGAGGGCGUGGUCAGCCUCAACGAGCACUGGCAGCAGUACUACAAGCAGUGCCACCCAUGCCUUGUGGACUACGACUUUGUAGGAACGUAUGAGGACGUGGAGAAGGACACUGACCAUGUUCUAGAAAAAGUCAAGGCUAAGAAUUUGCUUAAGCCUCCGUAUGUCUGGGACAGCAAGCCUCUCUCCCAAAAAGACAUCACCAAUGCUUACAGCCAGCUCAACCCGCAAGAUUUAAACAAUCUGUACAAAGUUUAUUCUGCAGACUAUACUCUCUUCGGAUACGAGUGUCCCGAGUUCUUACACACUUUGCUUAAAAAGGGAAAUGUAUUUCAUGACUACUGAAUCCAGAUUCAGCCACUGUAGGAUUUUAUUUAAAUUAUUCACUUCAAACAUUUCACUCACAGUGUUGGGAUUAUUCGCAUGAAGAUUCAGAUUCUUUCAGUUCUUUGAAAGACAUAAUUUAUUUUCUGGGAAUCUUUUUGUUAUUAUACACAGUUAAGUAUAAAUUGUGCUGUUUUGGUUGUCUUAUUGUUUGUUGAUGAAGUGUAUCUUGACAUUGAAAAUGAAUAUUCAAGCUAAAUGUACCGAAACUAAAACAUAUUCAUACGUUUAAUAAAUAGAUAAAUUUAAUGUUCGUUUAGCUUACACUCUAACCUUUCCAAUACAAUUUGUUAUUAUUAUUAUUAUUAAUGUGAUCUUUAAAAACAAAUCUGUUACAAAAUGUUUGAAAUAACGUUUUCAAAGAAGCUUUUACGAACCAGAGAAAACAAAGUACCCAUCUAAUAUUAUAAUUAUUGUCCAGUAAUAAUUGGGUGUGCUGUUCUCCAUGAUCUCAGCUCUUGAAAGGAUCUCAUUUCACCUUGUUCUUCCAAGUUGAUUUUACACUCACAUUUAAAGUAUUCCAGUAAGUGCAGGAUUUAACUCGAAAGUAGAUAUUGUAGAAUUGGCAACAUUUUUUUACUCAAUUUGUUUAUUGUAGCUUUUACUGCAGUUCACCUUCAUAGCAUUACAUAGAACGUUGACUUCUACUCACUGAAAACAACGUUUUAGCAAUAACUCGAGACUGGAAUGUCACGUGGUUUACGCGUCGAGUUUGCCACCGAAAUGUAAACAGGAAGUUAUUCUAUUAGCUUUCAGUUUCAACUCAGUAAGAAAUCAAUGAUAAGGGAAUAUUUAACUUUCGGUUUUAAAAAAAAGAGUAAAAUUUAGUAAAACAAAUCAGUCUGUUUCAAGCUUCAUUUAAAGUCUAUACCUAUUAGUAUGAAUGUAUUAUUAAAUUUGAGUUAUAAAUUGCAUUAUUGCUUGAUAUGAAGUGUGUGUUCAAUCUUUUCUUGUUGAAGGAUUCAAUUAUUUUAUUUCAUAAAGAUGAGUUCGUUAAGUCGUCACUCAAAACUAGGAUUUCCGGUUCACCAACGAAGUAACAAUGGUUACAAAAUAAAUGUUACGAAUAACACAUUCUGAUCGAUUAGUUAGGGUCUGAGAAUACUAUGAAACUGAUACAUGCUGAUACAUGCUGAUACAUGCUGAUACAUGCACUUUUACUGAAACGUGUGUGUGUUCUCUGUUCGAUGAACUUCACGUAUGAGCUCUUGUUUUCUCACUAACAUGCUUUCUACAAUGAGCUUAACGAAAUCAAAUAUUUUAAUACGACAUUUUAUUUAACUCUUUCUCUCCUAAUUGACGACACCAUCGUGGGUUUGACACAUUAAACUUAACUGAUUUUUGGUUUUAUAAACUUCAAUUUGUUUGUUACCUACAACGAGCAUGUAUUCCCUCUUUCUGCAUCAAACAUUUUCUGAUAACAAACUAAACAAAAGGUUAAUGAAGAUCGAUCAUAUCAGGGUAAUGAUCUACAAAAUGACAAAAAAUAAUAAUUACUUCGUAACGUAAAAGAUAUUUACUGAGUGAAAGAGUUAAAUUAUCUUAUUUGACCUUCGAUUCAACGAAAACUAGAAACAGCGGUCUAUUUUAAUAGAUUUUUUUUUUCUAUUUUUUAAUAUAAUCAUUUCUCUUUCUUCUUCUUCAGCGUACAAAAAAAAACAACAACUCUUGUUCAUAAUAGUGAGUGUGAGUUCAGAGAGCUAAUGAACUUCCGUUCCUUACACCAGUGUUUCCCAAUACCUAAUGUUCUGUGUAAUAAUAAACUAGUAGGCCACCACAUGAAUUAAUCUAUAAAAAAAAAAAUAAGCAAAUUGUUCCGCUGAAUAUUAAGAAUGUGCAAACUUGCAUGAUUGAAACAAUGCUCAAGGUUUAAAUAUUCCACCAAUAUUCAGUGAGCUGAAUACUAAGUUUAGAAGCUUCUCAUUCGUUGUAAAGCUACAUAUUGGAGACAUUUUGUGUUAUUUCUUAACAUAUUUCAAAAUUUGUCUUUCGAUAUUUGUUGUGUCCUUAGUUAAUGAGUGUCAUAGCUGUCACAUGUCACAUACUUUUGCACUGAGGGCUAUCCAAUAAUGAAGUAUUAUGGGAUAACUUGCUAUUUAUGUACAUUUUUUUUUUUCUAAUUAUAAAUGUUAUUCACUUUCCUAGUGCCUUGUAACUGUAAGACGCGCUCAUACAAACAAAAAAUAAUUUGAUUUAUUCCUAACAAAUGUUAAAAACCUGCCUUGGGCCUUCAUUACAUCCCUCGCAUUGUACGCAACCUUCUUUUCUUCCUUGUGUGUCCUCGGACUCAAUGUGGGAUUUUUUU